CAUUUGCCGACAGUUGAGCUGUAAAAUUAGUUUUACUCGAAUUCAUUUAAUUCGCUUUUACAAAUUUACAAUUUGUUUGCUUAAUUUCUAAACCACAAUGCCAGCCAAAGCAGUUUGUGUACUAAAGGGAGAAGUCAACGGCACUGUAUUUUUUGACCAAGCAAAUGGUUCCAGUCCCGUCCAAGUAAGUGGCGAAAUCUCCGGAUUAACCCAAGGCCAACAUGGCUUCCACAUUCACGAAUUCGGCGACAAUACAAACGGUUGCAUCUCAGCUGGAGCUCAUUUCAAUCCUCAUGGUAAAGAUCAUGGUGGUCCCGAAGCUGCCGUCCGACACGUCGGUGAUCUUGGAAACGUAGUAGCCGACGCAAGUGGUGUUGCUAAAAUCAACAUCUCAGACAAACUAAUUUCCUUGGAGGGAGAACACAACAUCGUUGGUCGUACUGUAGUAGUCCAUGCAGAUCCUGAUGAUUUGGGAGUUGGUGGACAUGAAUUGAGCAAAACAACAGGAAAUGCCGGUGGAAGAUUGGCGUGCGGAGUUAUUGGAUUGGCUAAGAUUUAAAAUAUUUUUGUAGGAGACAAGUAAAAGCAUAAUUAUAUAAGUUUAUUUUUAACUUAAAAAGUGUCAUUCAGUUUUUAUCAAUAAAAAGUUGGUUUAGAGUGUU